GGGCGGUCAGUCACGGGCAGUCGGCCAGCGCCGUUUGUCGUCUCGGUGCUGAUCAUUUCAGCGCCCGUGUCGCUUUUUGCUGCUCUGGUGUGUCCCUACCUCUGGGUACAUGUGCAUAAGGCUGCGGUUAUUGUGUUUGCGUACUUGGCGGCGCUGACCUAUACUUCAAUGAUGAUGUCGUCGUUUACAGAUCCUGGGAUCAUCCCACGCAACUUGGACGCGAUCACGGCACCCGACAACUACGUGGUGGCCGCCCCCGGCCAACGCCCGUCCAACGACCCAUACCUGGCGUACCCGCCAAUGACCAAAAUGGUGACGGUGAACAACACCCAAGUGCGACUAAAGUACUGCGAGACCUGCCGGAUCUACAGACCGCCCCGGUCCUCACAUUGCCGAUUCUGCGACAACUGUGUGGAGAACGAGGACCAUCACUGUAUCUGGCUCAACAACUGCAUUGGGCGCCGUAACUACCGCUACUUCUACUCUAUGGUCGGCGGGUUGUUCGGGUACCAUACGAUUUUGAUUAGUCGCAAUAUCACUACGCAUGAGGUGCUG